AUGAAAAACGUGGCAAGAUUGUUGUGUGUGUAAACAAAUAAUUGUUUGGAGAGAUGUAUACGCAAGGUGUGUAUGGAACCAAAUAGUGGUGCCACGUAUAACAUCGUACGAUAUUUUUGCUCACUUCAGGAUAUGUCGAAAUUUAUUUAUUUAAGAAAAAAACAAAAGGCAUCGUUUAAAAGGGGGAAUGUUUUUGUUGUUCAUUAAACAACCGUUGUUUAACUUCUGGUCAAUGAAUGGGGUGUAUUGAUCAAUAUUUGUUUUCUUUAGCGUUUCUAGUACUUGUAGUAAUUUUGAAAUCUAGAGCCGACGUAUCAGGUUAAAUUACUUACUUAAAAGCGUUUUUUUUUCUUCUCAUCUUGAUAUCGUCAAUUUAAACGGAAGAAAAAAGUGGAAAGACAUUUCUUUCAGGGACAAAGUUUAAAAUAUGAAAUUAUUAUUUCAUGUUUUGUGUGGAUUUAUUAUUUUGCACAUUCAGCAAAAUGGUUGUCACGCAAAGGGGCGAAUCUAUUUUCAACUAGACAAAUUUGAAAACUCAAAAGGAUUGGAUAAUAAUAAGAAGAAUUGCGACAUUCUUGGAGCUUGCGACACAGUAAUUAGUGGGUGCUUGUCCUUCGUAACAGAGCAACCAGGAUCAUUAAAAAAUUGCGAAUUCAAAAGCUUCCAAACAAAAGAGUACAAAAAUAAAAACUCAUUCCUUAUUGGAACAAGCUUGGCAAAUGGUCAAUCAAAUCCAAUAGUUGUUGAUAUAAAUGAAAAAUUCCAGGGAUACAUUGGUAUUUACUUUAUUGCUAAUGACAUUGAUACUGGCAAUGACGAUUUAAUAGAUGUCUUCAGCGAUAAAAAAAGUGUACAACCAGCAUAUAACUCUUCAGUUGCACAAUAUCUACCUUACUUCAAAAAAGCCAAAGUAUCGAAAAUAUUUUACUCAGUCAGAGCUUAUUGCUUACCAAGUUACUAUGGACCAUUAUGUCAAAAAUAUUGCCAGCCUACAACAAGCACAAAGUUUAAAUGCGCACAAAAUGGCAGCAAAAUCUGCUUUAGCAACUGGUAUGGAAGAGAGUGUAACAUAUACUGCCAACACAAUGUUAACACCACGUUCACAUGCAACAAGACAACUGGAGAAAAAGAAUGUUUUGCUGAUUAUUAUGGAGUGAACUGCACCAAAUAUUGUAGUACUUAUAAUGGGACAGCUAAGUAUAUUUGCAACGAAAUAACUGGAGAAAAAGAAUGUUUUGCAGAUUAUUAUGGAUUGAACUGCACCAAAUAUUGUAGUACUUAUAAUGGAACAGCUAAGUAUAUUUGCAACGAAAUAACUGGAGAAAAAGAAUGUUUUACUGAUUAUUAUGGAUUGAACUGCACCAAAUAUUGUAGUAAUUACAAUGGAACAGCUAAAUACAUUUGCAACAAAAUAACUGGAGAAAAAGAAUGUUUUGCUGAUUAUUAUGGAGUGAACUGCACCAGAUAUUGUAGUACUUAUAAUGGAACAGCUAAGUAUAUUUGCAACAAAAUAACUGGAGAAAAAGAAUGUUUUACUGAUUAUUAUGGAUUGAACUGCACCAAAUAUUGUAGUACUUAUAAUGGAACAGCUAAGUAUAUUUGCAACGAAAUAACUGGAGAAAAAGAAUGUUUUACUGAUUAUUAUGGAUUGAACUGCACCAAAUAUUGUAGUACUUAUAAUGGGACAGCUAAGUAUAUUUGCAACGAAAUAACUGGAGAAAAAGAAUGUUUUGCAGAUUAUUAUGGAGUGAACUGCACCAAAUAUUGCAGUACAUACAAUGGAACAGCUAAAUAUAUUUGCAACAAAAUAACUGGAGAAAAAGAAUGUUUUACUGAUUAUUAUGGAUUGAACUGCACCAAAUAUUGUAGUAAUUACAAUGGAACAGCUAAAUACAUUUGCAACAAAAUAACUGGAGAAAAAGAAUGUUUUGCUGAUUAUUAUGGAGUGAACUGCACCAGAUAUUGUAGUACUUAUAAUGGAACAGCUAAGUAUAUUUGCAACAAAAUAACUGGAGAAAAAGAAUGUUUUACUGAUUAUUAUGGAGUGAACUGCACCAAAUAUUGUAGUACGUAUAAUGGAACAGCUAAAUACAUUUGCAACAAAAUAACUGGAGAAAACGAAUGUUUUGCAGAUUAUUAUGGAUUGAACUGCACCAAAUAUUGUAGUACUUAUAAUGAAACAGCUAAAUAUAUUUGCAACAAAAUAACUGGAGAAAAAGAAUGUUUUGUAGAUUAUUAUGGAGUGAACUGCACCAGAUAUUGUAGUACUUAUAAUGGAACAGCUAAGUAUAUUUGCAACAAAAUAACUGGAGAAAAAGAAUGUUUUACUGAUUAUUAUGGAGUGAACUGCACCAAAUAUUGUAGUACGUAUAAUGGAACAGCUAAAUACAUUUGCAACAAAAUAACUGGAGAAAACGAAUGUUUUGCAGAUUAUUAUGGAUUGAACUGCACCAAAUAUUGUAGUACUUAUAAUGAAACAGCUAAAUAUAUUUGCAACAAAAUAACUGGAGAAAAAGAAUGUUUUGUAGAUUAUUAUGGAGUGAACUGCACCAAAUAUUGCAGUACAUACAAUGGAACAGCUAAAUACAUUUGCAACAAAAUGACUGGAGAAAAAGAAUGUUUUCUAGAUUAUUAUGGAGUGAACUGCACCAAAUAUUGCAGUACAUACAAUGGAACAGCUAAAUACAUUUGCAACAAAAUAACUGGAGAAAAAGAAUGUUUUCUAGAUUAUUAUAAUGUGAACUGCACCAAAUAUUGCAGUACAUACAAUGGAACAGCUAAAUAUAUUUGCAACAAAAUAACUGGAGAAAAAGAAUGUUUUGCUGAUUAUUAUGGAGUGAACUGCACCAGAUAUUGUAGCACUUAUAAUGGAACAGCUAAAUAUGUUUGCAGCAAAACAACUGGAGAAAAAGAAUGUUUUGCUGAUUAUUAUGGAGUGAAUUGCACCAAAUAUUGUAGUACUUAUAAUGAAACAGCUAAAUAUAUUUGCAACAAAAUAACUGGAGAAAAAGAAUGUUUUCUAGAUUAUUAUGGAGUGAACUGCACCAAAUAUUGUAGUAGUUAUAAUGAAACAGCUAAAUAUAUUUGCAACAAAAUAACUGGAGAAAAAGAAUGUUUUGUAGAUUAUUAUGGAGUGAACUGCACCAAAUAUUGCAGUACAUACAAUGGAACAGCUAAAUAUAUUUGCAACAAAAUAACGGGAGAAAAAGAAUGUUUUGUAGAUUAUUAUGGAGUGAACUGCACCAAAUAUUGCAGUACAUACAAUGGAACAGCUAAAUACAUUUGCAACAAAAUAACUGGAGAAAAAGAAUGUUUUGUAGAUUAUUAUGGAGUGAACUGCACCAAAUAUUGCAGUACAUACAAUGGAACAGCUAAAUACAUUUGCAACAAAAUAACUGGAGAAAAAGAAUGUUUUGCUGAUUAUUAUGGAGUGAACUGUACCAAAUAUUGUAGUACUUACAAUGACACAGUUACGUAUAUUUGCAACGAAAUAACUGGAGAAAAAGAAUGUUUUGCUGAUUAUUACGGAGUGAAUUGCACCAAAUAUUGCAGUACAUACAAUGGAACAGCUAAAUAUAUGUGCAACAAAAUAACUGGAGAAAAAGAAUGUUUUGCAAAUUAUUAUGGAAUGAAUUGCACCAAAUAUUGUAGCACGUAUAAUGGAACUGUCAAUUAUAUUUGUAAUGAAAUCACUGGAGAGAAGGAAUGCUUUGACGGUUAUUAUGGAGAAAAUUGCACAGAUCAGUACAAACCGAAUAACACUACAGGCAAUGGAUACAUUUUGUUCCAAAUAAAUUCGCUGAAAAACGAAAAAGGACUCGAUAAUAAGAAAAGUUGUUGUGACAGACAUAUUAAAUGUGGUGCUUGUGAUAUGCAAAUUACUGCGUGUGUUUCAUUCUCUAAUCUUAAUCCUACUUCGUUAUCUGAAUGUGACAAUGGGACCAAAUAUACUACAAAAGUGUUUUCCAACCAAAAUGAGAUCCAUUUUGAUAAAUUUCUUGGAAACGGCUAUCAAAAUCCGCUAAACUUUUCGUUUGGAGAAAACUUUAAGGGUUUCCUUGGAAUAUACGUCACAGUUAAUGACGACGAUGGCAAGUUGAGCAAUCCAGACUUUAUUGACGAUUUCAAGAUAGGAAAAAAAAUAAAACCUUCCUUUAACAAAACAUUGGGUACGUAUAACGCCUACACAUCUACAGAAGUCGUAUCAACACUAUCGUACUCAAUCAAAGCUUACUGUUCACCCGACCAUUACGGCCCACUUUGCAAAAUAUUUUGCAAACCUGGCAUUUUAAGUCACUACAACUGCGCUGAUAAUGGUACUAAAAUCUGCCAUAAUAAUUGGUAUGGAAAACUAUGUACAACAUUUUGUAAGAUGGAUUCAACAGCUAGCUACGUUUGUGAUCCAGUGACAGGUAAAAAAAACUGUUUCAAAGGUUACUACGGGUCUAACUGCACAACAUACUGCAAUAAUAAUAAUGGAAGAGCUAAGUAUUCUUGCAAUAACAGGACAGGAGAAAAAGAAUGUUUUGCAGAUUAUUAUGGAGUGAACUGUACUAAAUAUUGUAGUACGUACAAUGGCACAGUUAAGUAUAUUUGCAACGAAAUAACUGGAGAAAAAGAAUGUUUUGCAGAUUAUUAUGGAGUGAACUGCACCAAAUAUUGCAGUGCUUACAAUGGAACUGCAAAAUAUAUUUGCAACAAAAUAACUGGAGAAAAAGAAUGUUUUGCUGAUUAUUACGGAUUGAACUGCACCAAAUAUUGCAGUGCGUACAAUGGGACUGCAAAAUAUAUUUGCAACGAAAUAACUGGAGAAAAAGAAUGUUUUGCUGAUUAUUAUGGAGUGAACUGCACCAAAUAUUGUAGUACUUACAAUGGAACAGCUAAGUACAUUUGCAACAAAAUAACUGGGGAAAAGGAGUGUUUUUCCGGUUGGUCUGGACCGGAUUGUACGACUUGGAUCUCCGUUGCGACAACUCCUUUGGUUCCAACAAAGGGAAGCUCUUCAACCAAGCCUUUAGUGAUACAUGGGAAAGAAAAAACGGUUGGAAAUUGGUUAACAAAUACAACAGGAGGAAAGGCUACAAUAUCUAUUAUUAUAAUUGUACUUGUUGUUUUUAUUCUUGUGUUGACUGUGCUGAUGGUGCGUCGAUCCAGGAAAGGGAGAGAGCUUCAAAUGGAUUAUGCUGUUUACAACGAGCAAAAUUUUGACGAAACAACAGAAAACGAAAUUCCAAAGCAACACAUCGAAAUGACCGACGCGGGAAUAUUUAACGACGACGACAGCGACGACGUUGCAAAGGCGUACGUCAAUCCUUUAUUUGGUCUUACUCCAACGGAAGAGCAAGAUUACAAAAUUCGUCCGACAGUAGAGUAACUAUCACUACUCUGACCACAGUUUUGAGAAAAAUCUUUUUUGACGUUUGUAAAUAGGAUAGUGUUUAUUAGAAAGUUUUAAUUUAACUAUAACGCCUUUUUUUUGUACCCAAUACGAAGUCAGGCAGAGGUCCGGGUCCUGGUGUUGAUUUUUCUUCUGUAAAAACUGAACAAUCAUCAACCUUGUUCCCAGCGCCGGUUGUCUCUUGCCUUUUUAUUUUCUGCCAAUAAGACUGAUAUAUACGGUGUGUGAAUAAUAUACAUGAUGUUUGGAUAAUAUUCGGUAUAUAAUAUAAAUGGUAUAAGCUAUAUAUGCAGGCUACACAGUAAUUGCUUUCAAAAUAUGGUAAAAAAAUAGUCAUAUAUGGUCAACGAAAUUACAGGCAUUUCUUCUAGAGUUAGUUGCUUCA